ACCCGGGACGCAGAUAUCCCUCUGAGAAAGUUUGAGGACGCUCCUUGUGGACGUUUUGGAGAGGAGAGUCAGCGCGCAGGGCUCCCCGGACCUCAGAUACGCACCGUGCGCCCGUCGCUGGACACAAGUUGCCCCCUUUUCUCUUGUCGUGCGUCAACUGCACCGACAGCGAGCCAGCAAUGGAUAAUGGGUCCAACAGAACUAUUGACCCGAGCUGCAGGGAGAAGCCUCCCCUCGCCAUCGACAUCAUCCUCGACUUGGACAUCUUUGGCGUCAUCCUCUACUCCAUCCUCACCUUCAUGGCGGCGGUGUCCGUGCUGGUCUUCAUCGAGGAGUGUGUCUACAUCUACCGGAAAGUGCCGUCGAAUAAGAAGAGCGUCAUCAUCUGGGUGAAUGGGGCAGCGCCGGUUAUUGGCACCAUGUCUUGUGUGGGGAUGUGGAUCCCCAGAGCCACCAUGUUUACUGACAUGACCUCCGCAUGCUACUUUGCCAUCGUGGUGUUCAAGUUCCUGAUCCUGAUGCUGGAGGAGGUGGGCGGUGACGAGGCCUUCCUGAGGCGAGCAGGGAAACACAAACUGAAGAUCAGCACGGGGCCGUGCUGCUGCUGCUGCCUCUGCCUGCCGCAUGUGGCCAUCACACGGCGCUCGCUCUUCCUGCUCAAGCUCGGCUCUUUCCAGUUUGCCCUGCUGAAGGUGGUCUUCACCAUCCUCUCCAUUGUCCUCUGGACCAACGGGACCUUUGACCUGGCUGACUUGGAGAUUACCGGAGCUGCCAUAUGGAUCAACCCGUUUGUGGGCAUCUUGACAAUCACGGCCUUGUGGCCAGUAGCGAUCAUGUUCAUGCACCUGAGAACUGCCCUACGGACGCUGAAGAUCAUCCCCAAGUAUGCCAUGUACCAGCUGGUGCUGGUCCUGAGCCAGCUGCAGUCCGCUAUCAUCAACAUCUUGGCUAUGAAUGGAACCAUUGCCUGUGUGCCACCUUUCUCUUCCCCAGCCAGAGGAUACAUGAUGAGUCAGCAGCUGUUGAUCCUGGAGAUGUUCAUCAUCACGCUGGUAACGCGGCUGCUGUAUCGUCGACUGUACGACCCUUUACCUGAAGAGGAGGUCGACGACAAUGAAAACACAAAGAUGGUUUCAGUGCCGGGGUCUAUCUGUGUGGAGAACUGACUGACUGAGUGAGUGUGUGUGUGUGUGUGUGUGUGUGUGUGUGUGUGUGUGUGUGUGUGUGUGUGUGUGUGUGUGUGUGUGUGUGUGUGUGUGUGUGUGUGUGUGUGUGUGUGUGUGUGUGAUUGUCCUACAUUUGUUUGAUUAAGAGAUUAUAUAAGCGCAUUUUAAUAAAUAUAAAUUAUCUAA